CUUCUGUCACCUUCUCAAUUCUUUCUUCCUCUCCCAUAAAACCGGAGUCACACAAAAAGCCCAAUCCUCCCUGAGAAGUCAUACCAUUCGUCUCUGUUACCUCUCAGAUUCUUUCAUUUUCCAGGAACCAGUGACUCGAUCGAGAUGAAUCAGUUCGUUGCCAGGUCGUCGGCGCUCCGCGGCCUGCUGGUCAAUGAAGCAAGACGGCACUACGUGUCUCCGGCGCAGUCGUCGGCGAGUGUCCUGAUGCGGCUUGUGGAAGUUCCGCCGGCGGGAACGGCGAAGGCGGAGCAAAUCAAGAGAUUUAACGCGGCGUCGUUUGGCGGUUCUGGUUGGAGCAGGAUGAUGAGUACUUCUUCUUCUUCUUCUUCCUCUGCUCUGGCUGAGAAGGAGAACGGCGAGAAGGAGAAGCCAGCGGAAGCGGAGAGUAAGUCAGGCGGCGGUGCUGAAAGUACUGUACCGGUGGUUUCGAGCUACUGGGGGAUCGCGAGGCCGAAGAUCGUCAGAGAAGACGGGACGGAGUGGCCGUGGAACUGCUUCAUGCCGUGGGAAACCUAUCGUUCCGAUACUUCAAUUGAUCUCAGCAAGCAUCACCUCCCGACGACCUUCCUCGACAAAGUGGCUUACAGAACUGUCAAAAUCCUCCGGAUCCCCACCGACAUAUUCUUCCAGAGGAGGUAUGGCUGCCGUGCAAUGAUGCUAGAGACAGUGGCAGCAGUCCCUGGAAUGGUAGGAGGGAUGCUGCUCCACUUACGCUCGCUUCGCAAGUUCCAGCCCAGUGGCGGGUGGAUCAAAGCUCUGCUCGAAGAGGCAGAGAACGAGAGGAUGCAUCUGAUGACAAUGGUGGAGCUGGUGCAGCCCAAGUGGUAUGAGAGGGCCCUGGUUCUAGCUGUGCAAGGGGUGUUCUUCAAUGCCUACUUUCUGCUGUACAUGAUAUCUCCCAAACUAGGACAUAGAGUCGUGGGUUACUUGGAAGAGGAAGCUAUUCACUCAUACACCGAGUAUCUGAAAGACAUCAAGGAAGGGAAGAUUGAGAACGUUCCAGCUCCUGCUAUUGCCAUUGAUUACUGGAGGCUGCCCAAAGAUGCUACUCUGGAGGAUGUUAUCGUUGUCAUCCGUGCUGAUGAGGCUCACCAUCGUGAUGUCAACCACUUUGCUUCUGAUAUCCAUUACCAGGGAAAGGAAUUGAGGGAGGCGCCUGCACCAGUUGGGUAUCAUUGAUGAAUGCCAUGCAAAUAUGCAAUGCUCCUUUCAUGUUUCCAUAAGAGGAUGGUAGAUGAGUUUUACUUAGUAUCAUCGUAUUGAUCUGCUUCGAGAAAACCACCGUCUUCGAUAAUAUCCAGCCGAUAUUGCCAUUUGUAUAGAUAGAAGAUCGAAGCUUGCACUGAUCUAUUACCUUUGCUAUCCCUUUCAAACGAUACGGAACCAUCAAUGUAUGUCGAAUUUUACUCUUAAGUUUUGUGUCCGCGAGUGAUUAGCCUGCAUUUUCGCAUGAGAAUGUGCCUGGCCUUUUAUUCAGAAUUCUCUCGAACAUUUUCAGACCUUUGUAGAGAAAGAUUGAACAUUUUGCGAAAGGUGACGGUGACGCAAUUAGAGUGAAGAGAA